AUGAACUCUACGGUUUCUCACAAGCAUCAUCAUAACCCGCUCUUCCACCACUCGACUCUCCCAGUUUGCCGGUUUCCCGCUUUACAUUUCUUCGGGGCGCAGAAUUUCAGGACUUCACGAAGGAGGAGAACGGCUCUUGUGAUAAGGUCGUCUUCUUCUGGAAAUGCGAAUGGGUCGGGCGGAUUUUCUUGGCGGGAUGUGUCGGAAUCUCUCCGGCGUGGUUCGGAGAAGCUGUUGCUGAAGUUCAGCGAGUCCGUGAAGGAGGAAACCGGGUUUGAUUUUGGAAGAGUCAAUGCCGAGGCGGGUGAGCUGCUGGAGAGAGCUAAGGUUGAGGUCAGUAAGGGCGAAGCCGAGUUGAAUCGAUUCAGGACCGUCGUGUUGCCCGAGUUUCUGGAUUGGAAUAGUUGGGAGCAUUGGAAGGAUGUCAAGCAUUGGGAGCGGAAACGAGUAGCUGCCCUGAUUCUCUACGCUUUUGUGGUCUUGUUUUCUUUCCAAAGGGUGUAUGUUGCUGUUCGAGCACCUUUCAUUGCACGACAAAAGAAAGAAGUGACAGAGGCUUUCAUGGAGGCACUGAUUCCUGAACCAACUCCCAUUAAUGUUAGAAAGUUUAAGAAGGGCAUAUGGAGGAAGACAGUUCCAAAGGGUUUGAAGAUGAAGAAAUUCAUUGAAUCGCCUGACGGAACACUUAUUCGUGAUACCUCUUAUGUUGGAGAAGAUGCAUGGGAUGAUGAUGCAAUGCCACCGCAGGACAAUGUGAAGCAAAUUAUUGAAAACGAUAAAAGACUGAAUAGAGAAGAGAAGAAGGAACUGGAAGAAGAUUUGGGGAUUUCAGGAAAUAAAGAGCAACAAAGUGUAGGAUCAUGGCGUGAAAGGGUCCAAUUAUGGAAGGAAAUCCUCAAUAAGGAGAAAUUGGCUGAACAGUUAGAUGCUUCAAAUGCCAAGUACGCUGUUGAAUUUGACAUGAAGGAGGUUGAAAAUAGUCUUAGAAAGGAUGUGGUAGAAAAGGUAUCAGAAAGCAAUGGAGCAAGAGCUCUGUGGAUAUCUAAAAGAUGGUGGCGCUACCGUCCAACAAUCCCCUACACUUACUUUCUUCAGAAGCUUGAUUCCUCAGAGGUUGCUGCAGUUGUCUUCACAGAGGACUUGAAAAGGGUAUAUGUAACUAUGAAAGAAGGUUUUCCGUUGGAAUAUGUUGUUAAUAUUCCUCUUGAUCCAUAUUUGUUUGAGAUUAUCUCAAGUUCUGGAGUCGAAGUGGAUCUUCUUCAGAAACAGCAGAUUCAUUACAUUUUGAAACUUGUGAUUGCUUUGCUACCUGGAUUGCUGAUCCUGUGGCUAAUUAGGGAGUCAGUGAUGCUAUUACAUAUAACCUCAAGUCGUUUCCUUUACAAGAAGUAUAAUCAACUUUUUGACAUGGCAUAUGCAGAAAAUUUUAUCAUGCCGGUUGGUGAUGUUGGCGAUGUAAGUGAAACAAGGUCGAAGUACAAAGAAGUGGUGCUUGGUGGUGAUGUUUGGGAUCUUCUUGAUGAAAUAAUGAUCUAUAUGGGCAAUCCCAUGCAGUAUUAUGAGAAAGGGGUGAAAUUUGUUAGGGGUAUUCUUCUGUCGGGACCUCCUGGAACAGGAAAGACCCUAUUUGCCCGGACUCUUUCAAAGGAAAGUGGAUUGCCUUUUGUUUUCGCUUCAGGUGCAGAGUUCACUGAUAGUGAGAAGAGUGGUGCUGCAAGGAUCAAUGAAAUGUUUUCCAUUGCCAGAAGAAAUGCUCCAUCAUUUGUUUUUGUUGACGAAAUUGAUGCCAUUGCUGGAAGGCAUGCAAGAAAGGACCCACGAAGAAGAGCAACUUUUGAAGCUUUGAUUGCACAACUUGACGGAGAGAAAGAACGAACAGGAGUGGAUCGUUUUUCUCUCAGGCAAGCUGUGAUUUUCAUCUGUGCAACAAAUAGGCCAGAUGAAUUGGACUUGGAAUUUGUUCGUCCAGGACGCAUAGACCGGCGCUUGUAUAUUGGUGUGCCCGACGCAAACCAACGAGUGCAGAUUUUCAGCGUGCAUAGUUCUGGAAAGCAACUUGCAGAAGAUGUAGACUUUAGAAAGCUUGUGUUCCGUACUGUUGGAUUCUCUGGAGCAGAUAUUCGAAAUCUUGUGAAUGAAGCUGCAAUCAUGUCUGUCAGGAAAGGGCAUUCUAAGAUUUAUCAGCAAGACAUUGUUGAUGUGUUGGAUAAGCAAUUGCUUGAGGGCAUGGGAGUGCUUCUGACUGAAGAAGAGCAACAAAAGUGUGAAGAAAAUGUCUCAUUGGAAAAGAAGAGACUUCUCGCUGUACAUGAAGCUGGCCACAUUGUUUUAGCCCACUUGUUCCCUCGCUUUGAUUGGCAUGCAUUUUCUCAGCUUCUGCCAGGUGGUAAGGAAACUGCAAUAUCUGUGUUCUACCCGAGGGAAGAUAUGAUGGACCAAGGUUACACUACAUUUGGGUAUAUGAAGAUGCAAAUGGUGGUGUCUCAUGGAGGCCGAUGUGCUGAGCGACUUGUGCUAGGGAAUGACAUCACAGAUGGCGGAAGUGAUGAUCUUGAGAAAAUAACAAAGAUUGCCAGAGAGAUGGUGAUUAGCCCUCAAAAUGCAAAGUUGGGGCUUACUGCUUUAACAAGAAGAGUGGGGUUAAUGGAUCGACCUGAUAGCCCAGACGGCGGAUUGAUAAAGUACAAGUGGGACGACCCUUAUGUGAUCCCUGCCAACGUGACUCUUGAAGAAUCCGAGCUAUUCACUCGCGAGUUGACCAGGUAUAUUGAAGAAACAGAGGAACUUGCUAUAAAAGGAUUAAGAGACAACAUGCAUAUACUGGACAUGAUUGUCAAGGAACUCUUGGAUAAGUCGAGGAUAACUGGAUUGGAGGUUGAGGAGAUGAUGAAAGGCCUUUCUCCAGUAAUGUUUGAGGAUUUCGUCAAGCCAUACCAGAUCAAUGUGAAUGAGGAGGGAGAAUUGCCACAUAGUGACAAUUUGAGAUAUCAACCAGUUGACGUAUAUCCAGCCCCACUUCAUCGAUGUUGA